CUCUCUCUAAGUACGCGUCUCUGGUAGCGUUGGCAGGCUCGGUUGUCCUUCCCCCCUCCCCCACCCCCUCAAUCGUGGUCUGACGCUGAGAGCUAUCACUCCUGAGCCAGCAGUCUUCGUUUUCAACGAACGACUCGACUCGUCCAAGCAAUAUGAUCCCUACUUCCAACGUCACUGAUCUGUCGCUCAAGUACCCUGAUGACGAGUCGGAGAAGAAAGUCUAUCUUCAAGCGCGGGGUCCACUAUCGGGCUCGCUGCACACACCACGUCAUGUCUGGUUUUUCUGGGACAACGGGGGCUCGUCCACAGCUGGUUCAAACAUAUUGAUUCAUCAAAUCAUCCAGCUGGAGAGGUGGGGAGAUAGAUUCUACUACGUUGAGCCCAACAUCAAGCAGCGUGUCACGGACAAGGCCCAGGAAUCACAAACAUACGAACUUGGCACCUUCACGCGAGACCAGAGGGAGAAGAUUCUGGAGUUGGCCGCUGACAUACAGUUCAAUGAGCGGUCACUUCACAACGGAUGCCGCGUCUGGACGAGAAAGCUUCUAGGCGCCAUGGUCAAUGAAGGGCUGGUUGAUCGUAUGGAUUUCAUAGCACUGAUAGACCUUAUUCCUCUGCCUUAUGAGCAGCCUGAAUACUUCUACUAAGUAUGUUGUAUGUGGGCAUUUUCUUGGCCGCUACUCUACCUAUGGCACUAUGAUGCACUACGGAAAGCAAGUAUUAGGGUCAAAAUCAGAUGUACAAGUCAACAGCGAAUAAGUAUGGAUCAGGCGAAUCAAAAUCCAGAGA